AUGUCGCGAAACGGCGUCUCAGUGCGCCAUGCCUCAUCCGCUGGUCUCGGCGCACCAAGCGACCAAGACGAGACAUGUCCCGUGUGCAAGACCACCCGCUACUUCAACAGGGACAUGGAAUUCCUGAUCAACCCAGAAUGCUACCACCGGAUGUGCAAAACCUGUGUCGAGCGAAUCUUCAAGGACGGUCCCAACCAAUGUCCCUACGCGACGUGCCACAAGACCCUCCGCCUCCGAGGCUUCAAGUCCGCCUUCUUCGCGGACCUCACCGUCGAGCGAGAAGUCGACAUCCGCCGCCGAGUCGCCCAAAUCUUCAACAAGGUAGAAGAUGAUUUUGAGGACCUGGACGCCUACAACAAAUACCUAGAAUACGUAGAAGACCUGACCUUCAAACUCGUAAGCGGGGAGCCGGAAGCAAAAACCGAAGCAGAAGGCGAACUAGCUGCCUGGGAAGCGCAGCACAAGGCCGAGAUAGAGCGCAACAAGAAACUAGCACGAGAAUCAGACGACGCGCGGAAAAAGCGGCUCGCGGCAGAACAAGACGCCGCACGACAACGACGGCUGCAAGACCUGAGAGAGGAAGCUGAUGAGAAGGCUAGCGCGGCGCGGUUCCGCGAAGAGAUGCUCAAUUCACUACAAAGCGCAGAGAUGGGGCAAGCCACGGAGACGAUGGACAAGAUCAUGCUCAAGAAGAGAGGGCAGCAGAAGAGCUUUUCGGCGAGGGAUACAUUGGCCGGUGCGACGGGCGGGUUAUCCAUUCGUGGUUUGCGCGACAAGACGCGUGGUACGGCGGAGGAGAACAAGCCCUAUGAUCCGUUUGGGGGGCUGGAUCUUACGCCUAGUAGAAUUGAUUUGGGAGGCGACAAGUUACGGGAGUAUCAUAGCGAGUGGAUCGACGUGACGCGCUCUAAGAAUGAGUAUCUUGUCGGUGGGUAUAGUGCUGAUGAGUACAUUUCGAGAGCGCUGUAUGAGGCGUUUUCAGGGCUGGGCGUGUUUAUUGCAGAGGAUAAGGUUGAUAGAGGGGUUUCUACAGCGGGUGCGAGGGACGCCGCUGUUGCGGAUGGGAAGAUGGACACAGAUGAUGUGUUUUAG